UCUUGUCACUCUUGUCUGAUGAUGUGCUGUGCUCAACAGGGAGAUUUCUGCUUUCACUGUGCUUGCAAAACUGCUCUGGGGCUGGGAUGUGCGACUGCACCUGAAGAACAGAGAUGGGGCAGCAGUGAAAGGGUUAAACCAGAUUUCUCUGGGCUGCAGCUUUAACACCGUAGUACGGAGGGCACAGAAGUGGAUGUGGUAGGAGGUUCUUUGCCUGGAACACGCCUUGGCAGCAAACAGAUCUGAUCUCAGAGGCAGUAAGGCAUCAGGAGCACUGGCAGGACCGCAGUGAGUGGUGGUGUGUGGAGGCUGAGCAGGCACCCCUGGGCUGAAUGCUGAGGAGGGCUGGUGGAGCGGGAGCACUGCCUGGCACUGGGUGUCCCUCAGGGUGCUGCCAUGCCAGAGGCUGGAACCGGUGCGAAUCCGUGUGUGUGACUAAAAGUGAACAGCCCCUCUUCACCCAGUUUGACUUUCUUAGACAGCAGAGGCAGAGCGCAGAGGAUGCGGUGGGGAGAUGAGUGGUACCAAGGAUGACAGCCACUGUCAGAAGGCGAUCCGCAUUGUCACCGAGCUGUGCCAGAAGAAAAGCCUGCCUGGCCUGGACCUGGACACCUGCAGGGAAUUCCUCCUGCUGCCUUCUGACCAGAGCCUGAUCAUCUCCGAGCCAGGUACACUUUCUGUCAGCCUCCUUGCUGUGAUAGUGAUCGUGUGCGGACUGGCCCUGGUGGCAGCUUUCCUGUUUCUCUUUUGGAAGCUGUGCUGGGUUCCCUGGAGGAACAAGGCCGUAUCCUCUAACCUGGCCGUCCUGCAGAGCGAGGCAGGCUGCCAUAAGGAGAGCAUGGCAGACAAGCUCAAGGACACGGGCGCCAUCAGUUUCCUGGAGGCAGCGGUGAAGAUCAGCCACACAUCGCCAGACAUCCCCGCAGAGGUGCAGAUGUCCAUGAAGGACCACAUCAUGCGGCGCACGCGGAUCCAGCGGCAAACAACAGAGCCUGCGUCUUCCACCAGGCACAUCUCCUUCAAGAGGCACCUUCCUCGGCAGAUGCACGUGUCCAGCAUGGACUACGGCAUGGACGUGCCGGCCGUGGCCGAGCAGCCGACCAGCAUCGGGCGCAUCAAACCCGAGCUCUACAAGCAAAAAUCUGUUGACUCUGAGGACCCCAAGAAAGAGGCAGCAAAAACCUGUGGGAAAAUCAACUUCACCCUCAAGUACGACUACGAGAGCGAGACGCUGAGCGUGCGCAUCCUCAGGGCGUUCGACCUGCCAGCCAAAGACUUCUGUGGCAGCUCUGACCCCUACGUGAAGAUCUACCUCCUGCCCGACAGAAAGCGCAAGUUCCAGACACGGGUGCACAGGAAGACCCUGAACCCCACCUUCGAUGAGUCCUUCCACUUCCCCGUGCCCCACGAGGAGCUGGGGAGCAGGAAGCUCCACCUGAGCGUCUUUGACUUCGACAGGUUCUCCAGGCAUGACAUGAUAGGAGAAGUCAUCCUGGAGAACCUGUUCGAGGCCUCAGACCUUUCCCGGGAGACUUCCAUCUGGCAGGACAUCCAGUACGCCACAACGGAAAGCGUGGACCUGGGGGAGAUCAUGUUUUCCCUGUGCUAUUUGCCAACUGCAGGUCGCCUCACCUUGACUGUCAUAAAAUGCAGGAAUCUCAAGGCUAUGGAUAUCACUGGCUACUCAGAUCCAUAUGUCAAAGUGUCUUUGCUCUGUGACGGGCGAAGACUGAAAAAGAAGAAAACCACCAUAAAGAAAAACACACUUAAUCCCACUUACAAUGAAGCAAUAAUCUUUGACAUUCCCCCCGAGAACAUGGAUCAAGUCAGCCUGCUCAUCUCUGUCAUGGAUUAUGAUCGAGUGGGUCACAACGAGAUCAUCGGGGUUUGCCGCGUGGGGGUCAAUGCCGAGGGGCUGGGCAGAGACCACUGGAACGAGAUGCUGGCGUACCCACGCAAGCCCAUAGCGCACUGGCAUCCGUUAGUGGAGGUGAAGAAGUCUUUCAAAGAGUGGCACGGCCGCGCCGCCAGCUUUGACAGCCAGGGCUCCUGCCCCUCCCCUAAGCCGCCCCCCACGCCCUGAUCCGGAGCGGGAC